AGGCGACCGGCGGGCGGCACCGUGAGCCAGUAGGUCCAGGAGCGUGGGGUCCGUACGGGUACGCGCUGAGGGUCUCGGGGCGGGCGCCGCUGGACCUCGCCGGGCCAUGGCAGCCCCUGUCAAAGGGAACAGGAAGCAGACCACGGAGGGUGAUGCCCUAGACCCACCUGCGUCCCCCAAACCUGCUGGUGAGCAGAACAGGAACCAGAACCCCAUCCUGCUGGAGUUAACCUGUGGAAGAUCUACAAGGCAGUGGAGAAACUGGGGGCCUAUGAGCUGGUAAGGAAGGCACCUUCCAAUUCUUGCCCAACUCCAUCUUCUUGGGGUGAGCCUGCAGCCUCUGGACAGAGGAAGAGCCAGGAUCCCCUGUCCUGCCCCUGCCUCCCCACCUUCCCCACUGGUACUCUGCUGCUCAAAGCAGCUUUUCCAGCCUUCCCCAUCUGUCCUGCCCGCCCUGUGUUGGGAAAACUGCUUGGGCCAGCAGUCUUUGGCCCUGGGAGGGAGAAUGGGCCAGCUGCUGCUGGAGCCGCAGAGCAGCUGCCAAACUGCAGUCCUUGCCGGGUCCCUGUGAAGGGGGCUGGAGCUGCGAGGAUCCCGCCUCCAGGGGGCGCCCGCCAGCCGCGCCCUCACUAGGUGCCCUUGCAGGUGACCGGGCGCCGCCUCUGGAAGAAUGUGUACGACGAGCUGGGGGGUAGCCCUGGCAGCACCAGCGCGGCCACGUGCACACGCCGCCACUACGAGAGGCUGGUCCUGCCAUAUGUGCGGCACCUGAAGGGGGAGGAUGACAAGCCGCUGCCCACCUCCAAGCCCAGGAAACAGUACAAGAUGGCCAAGGAGAACAGGGGGGAUGACGGGGCCACCGAGAGGCUGAAGAAGGCCAAGGAGGAGCGGCACGUGGACCAGAUGAUGCCAGGAAAGACCAAAGCAGAUGUCGAUAACCCAGCACCACUUCCUAGCCGGGAGUCCCCCAGAAGCAGCACAGAACAGCAGGGUCCGGCCUCUGCAUCUUCUAUGUCCUUUGUGGGUGCCAGCAGCUGCCCUGAGGCCUACAAACGGCUCCUAUCCAGCUUCUACUGCAAGGGGACACAUGGCAUCAUGUCACCACUGGCCAAAAAGAAGCUUCUGGCCCAGGUGAGCAAGGUGGAGGCCUUGCAGUGCCAGGAGGAGGGCUGUCGCCAUGGGGCAGACCUCCAAGCAUCCCCAACUGUUCACCCCCCAGAGAGUCCUCAGAGCCCCAAAGGGCUGGCUGAGAACUCCAGGCACCGGCUGACCCCUCAGGAGGGACUGCAGGCCCCGGGUGGCAGCCUCGGGGAGGAAGCGCAGGUGGGACCCUGCCCAGCAGCCCCAAUCUUCACGGGCUGCUUCCACACCCACCCCACAGAGGUACUGAAACCUGUCAGCCAGCACCCCAGGGUCUUCUUCUCCAGACUUAAAGAUGGGGUGUUAUUGGGGCCUUCUGGCAAAGAGGGGCUGUCAGCGAAAGAGCCCCAGCUGGUGUGGGGCGGGGAUGCCAACCACCCUUCUGCAUUCCACAAAGGUGGCUCCAGAAAGGGCAGCCUCUACCCCAAGCCAAAAGCCUGCUGGGUAUCUCCCAUGGCCAAGGUCCCGGCCAAGAGCCCCGUGCCCGCAUCCACCUUCCUCAGUAGCCCAGGCCUUGUCAGCAAGCGCAGCCUGGAGGAAGAGGGUGCUGCCCAUAGUGGGAAGAGACUGCGGGCUGUGUCUCCCUUUCUUAAGGAGGCAGAUGCCAAGAAGUGUGGAGCCAAACUUGCGGGAUCUGGCCUGGUCUCCUGCCUGCUGGGCCCAGCCCUGGGGCCUGUGCCCCCAGAGGCCUACAGGGGUACCAUGCUGCACUGCCCGCUGAACUUUGCUGGCACCCCGGACCCCUUGAAGGGCCAGGCUGCACUGCCCUUCAGCCCCCUGGUCAUCCCAGCCUUCCCAGCCCACUUCCUGGCCACUGCAGGCCCCUCACCCAUGGCCACUGGCCUGAUGCACUUCCCGCCCACGUCCUUCGACAGUGCCCUCCGCCACAGACUUUGUCCAGCCUCAUCUGCCUGGCACGCACCACCAGUCACAACCUAUGCAGCACCCCACUUCUUCCACACCAAGUUGUAGGCCAGCCCAUGGUGUUGCAUGUACUGUGGAGUUGGCUGGGGCCCGUGAUGGGUAGGUGCUGCUGCCAGGGGGCUCUGGACUAGUGCCCACUACCCAGGACACCUAGGUCAUGACCCUGGCUGGGCAGCUUGGCACAAGCAAAGAAGGAGGCAGUGGGAAAACUGGGUUUGUCUCAAGGCAGCAGCCUGAGCCCAGGAGCAGAGGACCCAGUUGUUGUAAGGCUCUGGGAGAGGGUGGUCAGCUCCCACUGCCUCAGAGUGGAGCUCAAAGCACCCAGGUUGCCCACAGAAAGUCCAAUAAAAGACACCAAUGUGAAUUGA